UUUUAAAUUACACUUUUUUCACUUUCAUAGACUGGUGCCUUAGAAGGUCAACAUUUUCGUAAAACUGGUAAAUUGGUGUCUUUGAGUGAACAGAAUCUGAUUGACUGUUCAACAAAAUAUGGCAAUGAAGGAUGUAAUGGAGGACUCAUGGAUCAAGCUUUUGAAUAUAUUGAAUACAAUCAUGGUAUUGAUACUGAAGAAGCCUAUCCUUACAGAGCAAAGCAAGGUAGAUGCCACUACAAAAAGUCUAAUAGAGGUGCCACAGACACAGGUUAUGUAGAUGUACCAUCAGGGGAUGAAACAAAGCUUAUGGAAGCUGUAGCAACUGUGGGACCUAUAUCUGUAGCCAUUGAUGCAAGUCAUGAAUCUUUCCAGUUUUAUUCACAUGGUGUCUACAAUGAAGUUGAAUGUGAUAGCCAGAAUUUAGACCAUGGUGUAUUAGUUGUUGGCUACGGAACAACAGAAGAUGGAGAAGAUUAUUGGCUAGUGAAAAACAGCUGGGGCACCGUAUGGGGUGAUCAAGGCUAUAUUAAGAUGUCUAGAAACAAGAACAAUCAAUGUGGUAUUGCUUCUCAAGCAAGUUAUCCUCUAGUUUAGAGUUAUUUAAAACCAUUAAAUCUGACAAAUGUGAGAAUUUAUAUGUGUUCAUUGUUCAUCCUUUUUUGUUAAUUUUUUUUUUUUUUUCUUUUUGUGGAAAGCGUCCGCAGCAAGUUACACUGCAUCUUUUGCAUUUGUAUUAAGUUUUGUAAUAAAACUAUUAUAAAGGAGA